AUGCCAAGCCAUCAACUGAGCAUUAAUAGGUUAGAACAAAACAUAGCAUAUCUUGAUGACUAUUUAGAUACACUGGAAUCGCUACCAGUAGAGAUGCAGCGUAGCUUCACUCUAAUGCAACAGCUCGAUGCAAAAGCUCAAGAAGAGUUCGAUAAGGUCGCUGAAGAAUGCGUACAACUAGUACAACAAAUAGGUGAGCUUUCAUCCGAAGAAAGAACUGAACGACUUAGAAAAUUCAGUAAAAGUUUGUCUGCAGCUGGUAAAUAUGCUGAAGAAAGAGUAUCUCUUGCUACCGUAACCUAUGACACCGUCGACCGUCAUAUAAGAAGACUUGACGAUGACCUUCAAAAAUUUGAAGAUGAACAAAUGACAGGUCCAGGAAGAAUAAGCUCCACAGCAACGGCCAGCUCGUCUCGUGAAGAAAACUCACGGAAACAACUUCAAAAGACUGAAAAAGAAAGGAAGGAUGUUAAGGGUGAAAAAAGAGCACAACAUAACGGUGAGACUUCGGCCCCUAAGAAACGUAAGACUGCAAAAAAUGACGUUGGAACUCCACCUCCUUCAAAUUCUAGACAUCCCGUCGAGAAAGAACGUGAGAAAACCGUUAAAAAUUCGAGAAAAAAAGAAAACGGCAAAAAUAGUAAAUCUAAACUUGCUGAUAAAACUUCUGUAAAUGAUGAUUCACAAACUGUGGCAGAUAUGCCGAUUGAUCCAAAUGAGCCGCUCUAUUGUUAUUGCAAGCAAGUUAGUUAUGGAGAAAUGGUUGCAUGUGAUAAUAGUGAAUGUGAGAUUGAGUGGUUUCAUUUUUCAUGCGUCGGUCUCUCGGAUCGUCCUAAAGGAAAGUGGUAUUGUAAUGAGUGCUCGGAGAAG